UUCUCCCACCUCCUGCCCUCAGACCUGCCCGAGCCCCUGCAGCCUACCCAGGGGCUGCUUCUCCUCCAAUAUCCCAGGCACCUCCUGGCCUGGACAGGGGUGCGCCCCACUUUCUACUUAACACACCCCAGCUCCUUUGACACCCCUUUGGCCAGUAGUAUCACGCACCUUCCUCCCUGUGGUCAUCUGACCCCAAUGACCUCGGUUCUGGGCACACGCUGUGAUUCCACUCGGCUGUUUUUGGUGACCGACACCCAUAGGAAAGGGUCCGCCAAUGCCUUGGUCUCUCAGCCCACGGAAGCCCCCUCACUUCCCACCACGGCAUUCACACCUGUCACUGCCAGUGGCAGCACCUUCGGGAAUCUUCCGGCGUCUAUGCUCUGGUCGCCGCUUCCGGAUUUCCUCCCACCUGCCCUACUCUGAUUCCCCUUCGAGCCGAGCUUUCUCCAGCGGCCCGUCGUCUUCAUUGCCCUCCGGCGUUGCACAGUGCCGGCGGCCUGCCUGGAGGACGCCCUCCGCAGGCGGGGAAACCCAGACCCGGGUCCCGCUCCCUCCACAGCGGCUCUGCUCUGGGCAUGCGCGGCGGCGGUGCGGGGUGACUAGGGGGACGGCGCAGGCGCAGCGGCGUGAGGGCUGUCGGGACCGGAAGUGGGGGCCGGCGUGCAGCCCCGGGUCUGACAGGAGAGGCGUGCCUGGCCGGCGGCCGUACCUGACAGCGGGAGCGCGGUCCCGGAGCCGCCCGGCCCUGGGAUGGGCCUCCUGUCGGACCCGGUGCGCCGGCGCGCGCUUGCCCGCCUCGUGCUGCGCCUCAACGCGCCGCUCUGCGUGCUGAGCUACGUGGCGGGCAUCGCCUGGUUCCUGGCGCUGGCUUUCCCGCCGCUGACCCAGCGCACUUACAUGUCGGAGAACGCCAUGGGCUCCACCAUGGUGGAGGAGCAGUUUGCGGGCGGAGACCGUGCCCGAAGCUUUGCCCGGGACUUCGCUGCCCACCGCAGGAAGUCGGGGGCUCUGCCAGUAGCUUGGCUGGAGCGGACGAUGCGGUCAGUGGGGCUGGAGGUCUACACACAGAGUUUCUCCCGGAAACUGCCCUUUCCAGAUGAGACUCACGAGCGCUAUAUGGUGUCGGGCAUCAACGUGUACGGCAUCCUUCGGGCACCGCGCGCUGCCAGCACUGAGUCCCUGGUGCUCACCGUGCCCUGUGGCCCUGAGUCUACCAACAGCCAGGCUGUGGGGCUGAUGCUGGCACUUGCUGCCCACUUCCGGGGGCAGAUUUACUGGGCCAAAGACAUCAUCUUCUUGGUGACAGAACACGACCUUCUGGGCUCUGAGGCUUGGCUUGAAGCCUACCACGACGUCAAUGUCACUGGUAUGCAGUCAUCCCCUCUGCAGGGCCGGGCUGGGGCCAUCCAGGCAGCCGUGGCCCUGGAGCUGAGCAGUGAUGUGGUCACUAGCCUCGACGUGGCUGUGGAGGGACUCAACGGACAGCUGCCCAACCUGGACCUGCUCAACCUCUUCCAGACCUUCUGCCAGAAAGGGGGGCUCCUGUGCACGCUGCAGGGCAAGCUGCAGGCCCAGGACUGGCCGUCAGUGGACGGGCCGCUGCAGGGUGUGCAAACGCUGCUGCUCAUGGUUCUGCAGCAGGCCUCUGGCCACCCCCACGGCGCCCACGGCCUCUUCCUGCGCUACCGCGUGGAAGCCCUAACACUCCGUGGCAUCAAUAGCUUCCGCCAGUAUAAGUAUGACCUGGUGGCAGUAGGCAAGGCUCUGGAGGGCAUGUUCCGCAAACUCAACCACCUCCUGGAGCGCCUGCACCAGUCCUUCUUCUUCUACCUGCUCCCUGCGCUCUCCCGCUUCGUCUCCAUCGGCCUCUACAUGCCUGCCGCCGGCUUUUUGCUCCUGGUCCUCGGUCUCAAGGCUCUGGAACUGUGGAUGCAGCUGCAUGAGGCUGGAGUGGGUCCUGAGCAGGCUGGGGGGACCUCUGGGUCCAGUCCUCCCCUCCCUGCAACACAGCGCGUGGGGCUGGCCUCGCUCGUGGCUCCCUUGCUGAUCGCCCAGGCUGUGGGCCUGGCCCUCUACGCCCUCCCAGUGCUGGGUCAUCGCGUGGCUGCCCAGCACUUCCCCGUGGCCGAGGCGGAGGCCGCGGUGCUGACGCUGCUGGCCGUCUAUGCAGCCGGCCUGGCCCUUCCACACGGCGCCCACGGGGUGGCGAGCACACAGGCCCCGGACAGGAGCUGGAUGGCGCUGAAGCUGGUGGCCCUGAUCUACCUGGCACUACAGCUGGCCUGCAUCACCCUCACCAACUUCUCCCUGGGCUUUCUGCUGGCUGCCACCAUGGUGCCCGGCGCUGCACUCACCAAGCCCUCCGGGCCCCGGCCGCUGUGUGCUGCCCUGCUGGUGCUGACAAGCCCAGCAGCCACACUCCUGGGCGGCCUGUUCCUGUGGCAGCAGCUGCAGGAGGCACCGCUUUCCGCGGCCGAGGGCUGGCGGCUCUUCCUGGCCGCGCUGGCUCAGGGCGUGCUGGAACACCACACCUACGGUGCCCUGCUCUUCCCGCUGCUGGCGCUGGGCCUCUACCCCUGCUGGCUGCUCUUCUGGAAUGUGCUCUUCUGGAAGUGAUGAAGGCAGGUGGGAAUCCCCCACACGUCCCACGUUCUUUCUUUCCUGGGAAAUAAACAGUUCUGUUUAGCUGCC